UUGCGAACGGCAGAGGUGACUCGGGAUCGAGGUUGCUGUAUACGUUGUGUCCCAAAUGGGGCGCUUCCCUUGCACGGCCCAAGCUGUGUCCUUCUCUUCUUGUGCAACAAAGUUCUUCCUAAAAAGAAAGCUGAACCCCGUCCAGGAGCUCAUUAAUGGGACGAUGCACUGUAAACCGGGAGCUGCAGAGAUUCUGGUGCAAGACAUCUACUCCAUGCUGACAAACAGGCGAAUUAAAAAUAUUCAGGAUGAGGAAGUUGACUUUACAGACAGUUACUAUCAGGAUCAGUUACCAAUGGUUGCCAGAUCAACAGCAUCAAAGGCUAUCAAAAAUAACAUUAAGCUAACAGAAGAAAUGAUAGAGCCAAGCAUUAAAAAAAAUAGACAGAAGGUUAAUGCUGUCAUCAACAUGCAUAUGCAACAGAGACUGCUAGAAAGGGAAGAGAACCCAAAGCGGUUUAACAUUAAACCAAGCUUGGGAGAACGUGCUGUUCGUCAUCCUUCUCGUCAUGCUUCUACCGAGAUUCUCAUUAAUAGCCAAAGGGAAAAACUUUCUUCUAUGUCCUAUCUGGGUCUACCAGAAAUCAGAAGCAAAACUUCUGUUCAUUUCAAAGAAAUCCAAGUGAAACAAGCCAACAGAUCCUCUUUGUCUGUGGAGUAAGUAUGGCGUUCCAGGCAUCUCAAGAAAAGAACUAACUGAACACUGGAAAGUAAUCUUGGAGAGGUCUGACCUAUGAAAUUUGCAAACACUGAUUAUAAAUCCCUUAUAAAACCAUGGGGGGGUGGCGCGGACUCACUGAUUGGGUUUAGUGUCUGGUAAGCAGAGCAUUGUUUUCUUCUAGUAAAUGCCAUUUAAAACUUGGUAUGUAUUAAAAAGUGCAACAAGCUUAAAUGUCUCUAAAGCAGUAUCUAAAACCUAUCAUCAGAGUUUUCCUGGUUUUAGAAGGGUGUCUUCACUGACUUGAUAUUAUACUUGCUUUUACAACCUAGGUCCCUCUUAGGCUCGAUUAGAGUGAACGGCCUUACUAUUUCAGAUCCUUUAUUAUUGAAAUUCUCCUUUUAAAGGUUUCAGUGAUGAUGAUGUAUGACCUUUUUGUACCUUGUGGAAUGUGCUGAGGUUAAUAAAUCUGGCGGUUGUCCAUGGUGUCUUUGUACCUUGGUGCAUUAUAAAAACAUGCAUUGUCUUUUUACUAAUCACUCCUUUGUUUGGAAUAAGUGUUUUAUGGUUAAUUUUAUCUAAAUCAAAGCUAACUCUGGCUUUCAUUGCUUUAAUAA